AUGUGCAGAAAGAGCGCAAAGAAGUUCGAGGCUGGUGGUGAGCAGCAUGACGAUGAUGAGAUUGAGGACAACAUCAGUCGCAUCACCCCUUCGUACGCCCGAGAAUCCAGUGAAGCUAGCGAUCGGCUGCCCCUCGCCUUCCAUGAUCCUCUCCCCAACAUGAAUCAUCGCAAGAAAGCGUCUUGGCCUAAGGAACUCCCCGCCGAUUUCAUCGCUGUGAUAGAGAGAUGUGUCGCGGCCAGUAAUCCGACCCUUCGUAUCAUCGUUCGUUUUGCCGGGCAGGGUGUUUCUCGCCGUGGGCCCGCCGAAGCCACUCCUCAGCGCCGUCACCAAAACAUGGAAUAG